AUGAGUCCUCCGCUGCUGAAGCUCGGGGCUGUUCUUAGUACCGUGGCCAUGAUCUCUAACUGGAUGUCCCAAACCCUCCCAUCUCUGGUAGGACUAAACACCACCAGAAUAACCACUUCAGAUACCCUAACUCAGAUCAGCCCCAAGGAAGGGUGGCAAGUCUACAGCUCAGCCCAGGAUCCUGAUGGCCGUUGCAUUUGCACUGUGGUCGCACCUGAACAAAACCUGUGUUCAAGAGAUGCCAAAAGCCGGCAACUCCGACAGCUGCUAGAGAAGGUUCAGAAUAUGUCCCAGUCUAUUGAAGUUUUAAAUCUACGGACUCAGAGGGAUUUCCAGUAUGUUUUAAAAAUGGAAACUAGGUUAAUGACAAAGCAUUUUCAAGAGUUGAAAGAAAAGAUGGAUGAGCUCCUGCCACUGAUCCCAGUUUUAGAACAAUACAAAACUGAUGCCAAAUUAAUCACCCAGUUCAAGGAGGAAAUCAGGAAUCUGUCUAUUGUCCUCACUGGGAUUCAGGAAGAAAUUGGUGCUUACGACUAUGAGGAACUACACCAGCGUGUGCUCAGUUUGGAAACCAGGCUUCGAGACUGCAUGAAAAAGCUCACAUGUGGCAAAUUGAUGAAAAUUACAGGCCCCAUUACAGUCAAGAUAUCCGGAACCCGAUUUGGAGCCUGGAUGACGGAUCCAUUAGCAUCGGAGAAAAAUAACAGAGUCUGGUACAUGGAUAGUUACACUAACAAUAAAAUUGUCCGUGAAUAUAAAUCGAUCGCAGACUUUGUCAGUGGGGCUGAAUCAAGGACAUACAACCUUCCGUUCAAAUGGGCAGGAACCAACCACGUCGUCUACAAUGGCUCCCUCUAUUUCAACAAGUAUCAGAGCAACAUCAUCAUCAAAUACAGCUUUGACACUGGGCGGGUGCUUGCACAGCGUAGCCUUGAGUAUGCUGGCUUUCACAAUGUCUACCCUUACACCUGGGGGGGCUUUUCUGAUAUCGACCUGAUGGCCGACGAAAUUGGGCUAUGGGCUGUGUAUGCCACCAACCAGAAUGCAGGCAACAUUGUCAUCAGCCAGCUAAACCAGGAUACGCUGGAGGUGCUGAAGAGCUGGAGCACAGGCUACCCAAAGAGAAGCGCUGGAGAGUCCUUCAUGAUCUGCGGCACCCUGUACGUUACUAACUCGCACCUAACGGGAGCCAAGGUCUACUACUCCUAUUCCACAAAAACCUCCACUUACGAGUACACAGACAUUCCUUUCCAUAACCAGUAUUUUCAUAUAUCCAUGCUUGACUACAAUGCGAGAGAUAGAGCUCUCUAUGCCUGGAAUAACGGACAUCAAGUCCUGUUUAACGUCACCCUUUUCCACGUCAUUAAAACUGAAGAUGACACAUAA